AUGAAAUGCUUUCAAUAAGGAAUAAUUUAAAAAGCGCAUGUGCACAUAUCGUUUGUCUUGAGAGUAUUUAUAUUGUAUCACACGUCUGCCAUCAUUGUCAACGAUUCUUGUAGUGAGCAUAAAGUUGACGUUAACCAUGGCUUUUCCAACAUAUAUCAAAGAUGAAGGUGAUAUGGAUUUCGGUACAGAGUGCCCAAUAUUCCCAACGAAUUGUCGUUACAAAGUCGCUUCAGUUACUAUUAACGGCAAAAGCAUUACAACGUUAUUGACAGAAGAUGAAGAAUUGUUAUGCUUCCCUCAACUGGUCGAUUACUUCUUGAAAGACCAUGUUGCGGGCAUGCCAACUAUCUAUGCUAAAGUAAAGCGAAUGGGUAUCAUUGCAAGAAGCUGCAAUCUUGAUCAAGUUCGACUCAUGCGAAGUAUGGGAGCUAUAGGACCGGUUGUAAACCGCUGUAAACUUAUCACUAUGGAAGAUUUCAAGAGACUUUACGAAGAUUGUCUCUUGUUUAGGUAUGUGAAGUUUGACUGUUUGCACUUAGCCUGAUUUCACGCAUGACUUACAGGUCAUAAAUAAGCGGCCGCCGUGACCGACUGCGCGUCUUUCAUGUCUUUUGUGUUGUCUUCCGAAAUUAUAAACAUUAUAAAGACUUUAGACAUAUUGAAUAUUAUAUUUGAUUCAGAUAAUAUUGUCUUUUCAUUUUCCCUUUCUGCUAAUCAAUCUUGAAAACAUAUUUGCGGCAAUGUGAUUGAAAAUUGACACUGAAUUCCAACUUAUUUUUUGUUUGUUCCUGAUGUUAUACUCUGGUUUGAGAAAACAGAAUUAAGUUUACAUUGUCAAAACUUUAUUAUUAAAAACGGCGGGCUACCAUUCAGCAAUGUCCGUGGUUUGCGAUUUAGUUAUACCCCAUGCAUUGACAAAACUGAAUCCGGCAAAGGCAAAGAACGAACGUUUUUUAAUAUAAAUAUUUCAUUCUAAGGACUCGUAUCGCCAUAUGUCACAUAUUUUGCCAUAUUUAAUAUUGAACUACAUUCUAGCCGCUUAAAAUAUGUAUCGUGUUACAAUGCAUUAUUUAACUUCAAAAUGACAAAUGGAAAUUUAUGAUUUAUUGAGGUAAUUAGGUUUCGCGCUCGUCGGCACUCGAUCUCAAAAUAUGCGACAACUGUUUUUUGGCAAAAUUGACUCAAAAGCGGGAGCGACAAGGCUAUAUAUAAUGUCUUCAUGAUAAAUGACGAUUUAUUUAUUAUCAAAGCGGUUAGGUUAUAUUGGUUAAAGCUUUUUAAUGUCAAGCAGAUGUGAAUGGUUAGUUAGGGAAAAAGCUGGUCCAGCGAUCAAAAAUGUUCGGUGUUCUACCAACUUCUACGCAAUUUGAAUAUUUAUACUUGAAAGGCUUUACUGUCGAUGAUUUUUAAUAUCCUCCCAGCCGCUGUUGACAAAUAUUUGAAAAGUGCUUUAUUAUUGUGGUGAAGAGAAUUAAUAAAUAUCUUCAUGCUAAUUGGCUUUGUUAUAUAUAGAAAUAUUUUGCAUGAUUAUAAUCUAUAUAAUGGAAUGUUUUUUUCAUCUUACUUCUGUCUGUUCAUAUUUUAUAUUUCUGACAGGAGAAACCCUGAAAGUAGCUUUGAAGUUGUGCAUGAAAAUCGCAAUAGAAAGGUCUUUAAGUUCUCAUUGUAUACACGAGAGAAAUUUAUUUGAAGUAUCGGCCAUCAUUUAAUGACGGCAAAAAUAAAGUAUUAAUGGCUUUGACGCAGGUGAAGGGUCAGCUUGUGGCGCCUCACUGGCACGUUCCUGUUAUUCCUUCCAUCUUAAGAAAGUUAAUUUAAUUUUUUUCUGUCGCUUUUCAAAAAUACUGAUUCGGUGAAUAGACAAAAAUGAACAAACAAACCAGAGCGAAAAUAUCACUUAUUGACUUAGAGUAUACUGUCUCAAACGAGGUCUCAAAAGGUUUAGCCGAGACGCUUCCCAGAGAUAAAGUUAAUAUAUUUAUUGUGUCAAAGAUGCCGAUAGUCUAUUUUUCGAGGCAUGUGAUUUAUUGUGAAUGUGAUAAUGAUUUAUUCAUUCAUUAAAAUGCCUUUUUGUCGAGGAAACUAAUUGCCGACUAUCGCCAUAGUCGAUACCUUCUAAUGAGGAAUUAAUCUUUGUCGCAUUGAAAAAUAUGCAUUCUUUCGAAAAGAAAAGUUAUGAUUAAGUAGCCAUGUGAUUCAUAAAACUCGUUUCAACCAGGCCACAUUCCGGCUGGAUAAAAUUUUUAUUCCGCCUUUAAUAAAAUACUAAACAUGCAGCCUUGCAGGUUCUUAUCAUAUUUUUAAAUAAAUGAAUUUGUGUUGUUGUUUUGUGGGUUUGUUUCCUUUUAUAUCCAACACAGUAAUUGUCCCUGUUUACGAUAUAAUUUUAUUUGGUUGAAACUUCCCAAAAACUCCUUUGUGUUUUUCCGGAGAAGCAUGCCCGAGGACCCCGCCCCUACAUGUUUCUCGUGCCUUUGGCACUCGCUGUCUCGUAUCUACCACGCACAACCGGACCACUUUCAAUUAGUUGGUGCAUGGCCACGGUUCUGCUGCAUGGGAUACUCUAUAACUAUAUAGGCACACAUGUAUCAGGACUUUUAGUUUUGCAUAUUAUUUGAACACUACUCAGUACUGUAUAUAAUUAAAUGAUACCAAAACUGCAUGACAAAAGGAAAAUGUCUUGAUUCUAAUAUACCAAGAGAACUAUAUUUGGCAGCUGCCUGAUUAUUUGCAUGUAAAAUAAUUAUAUAGUUAGAUUUCAAACUAACAUUAUCAACAACGACGUUAAUGAGAGAACUAUACACAUAUGGUGGUUAAUAAAGAAAGGUAGAAGUUUCCAAGUGAUUUUUUUACCAGGAAAUGUUAUUAGAUACACAGUAUAUAUAUUAAGUUUCUCAGUGUUUUUAGAGACGGAGUGGGACGUUUGCUGGGACGGGACGGGUAAUGGCGAUAUUUCUGUCAUAUUUAUCACGUUCCGUUCAUAAGUUCAUGUGCACAGGUGAAAACGCACAAGUUGUAACAAAUUCCUUCAGCAUAUUUGUGACAACGCUAUUCCAACAACUUGUCAACAGGAUGUGUUCGCACCGCUUGUGCCCAGCUGUUGUUGACAACUUGUUACAAGGUUGUUGGGCUCAACAGACUUGUUAUACAAGUUGUUCCAACAACUUGUUAUCGUCCUGCAAUUCAACAGUUUGCCAACAACAAGUUAUAAAUUCAAAUUGAUGAUAUAAUGCAUGAUAAAAUAACAGCGUUGUUACAACUUGUUGACAAGCUUGUAACAAGCCUGUUGCGGACACAUCUUGUUGACAAGUUGUGAGAUUUUUACGUGUGUAUAUGGGAUCCAGAUUUCGACAACCGAUAUCCUGUCUCAGACUAGUCUCUAGACUCUAGUCCUCUGUGCACGCACUUAUUUCCCGUGACAUCACCAAGUGAAAUGCGCGCUGCAGCUACAGAACGCCAGCCUCCUCGACAGGCCCUGAUGCCUCAUAGGAAGUCAUAUCUUCUAGACUGACUCGUUCCCAGUCGCUCGCGUUGGAUAACGCCUAACCCGCGAACGGGCAUAUUCUCCCGUACUAAAAUAUAACGAGGGACUGUGGAAGAGUCCGUCUUCUAGAGGACACAGAAAAAUAUCUAUAUUGUGUAAAGAGCCUGCAGAUCUUGUAAACAAAGUUGUGUCAUACACUCUUGUUGCUCACGCCAUAACCUACGCGAUAAUUUGUCAGACUGUCUGUGCCAGUGUCCUGUAGAUAUAGCGACGAUAACAAGCAGGGGCGAAACUAGCCCCUUUUAAUUGAAUUGCCCUGCGAAAGAAUUGCCCUGCGAAAGUCGAUGAUGCCCUGCAGCAAAAUUUUUUUUUGGCCACUAUUUCUCCCAAAAAUGUUGGCGAGCGGAGGGGGGAGGUCGAAAAUUUUUUUUCCGGACAUUUAAAAAAGGGGCGAAAAAUUUUUUCCGGACAUAAACCAAUUAAAUUAAGGGUCAAAAAAAUUUUUUCGGACAAAUUCCUGUUAAAACAUGCAUGAAACCCUUAUUUUUUUACCAAUAUCUGUAAAAUUUAGGUCUAUAAAUUCUAUUCAAUUCCCUCUGGAAGCUACUUAAUAACUCUACAUUCUAUCAUUUAAAAUCAUUCAUUGCCCUGCCAAUCCAGAUGAUUUGCCCUGCCAAUCCAGAUGAUUUGUACUUGGGGGGGGGGGGGUCACACUCCCCACAUCCCCCUCAAGUUUCGUCCCUGAUAACAAGACAGCUGCGGCCGGUAGCGUGAAAGCUAAUGACGUUUCGAGCGAAGGCUCUUUGUCGGAAGUUUUAGCCUCCCGACGAAGGGCUUGGCUCGAAACGUCGAAGUUCUACUUUUAUUCUUCAGGUAGAUCAUGUAGAUGUAUUUCUCUCAACCGCAGCUAUCCCAUAAUUUGUCAGCAUGAGUAAAACGUUUUAAGCAUUUUUAAACGCUUUAUUUGAGAAGUAAACCUAGUUCAAAUGUUUACCCUGAAGGCUUAAAAAACUCGUAAAAUAUAUAAUGAAUUCUUAUGGUUGCUACGCGUAUAAACGCAAAUCAUGUUGAAUCAUGUACAAGAUUAUGUACCACAUAUAGUGGAAGUUUCCAUAUAGCCUCACGCAAUUUCAGCGCAUGAAACAGCAGAAAUACGCGUCCUUCAGGUUAUCUCAAAUCAUUGAAAGUAGUAUAGUUCAUGACCCCUCUACAAUAAAAGCUUUCAACAAGAAUAAAAAACUAAUAUCGUUUUCAUCUUUUUUCGCACCAAAGAGGACCUGGCCGCCGUAAACGUGUUCCCAGUGACUCAAGCACUAACUACACACCAGUAAAGAUCACGAUCAAACGUCCAUAUCUUGAAGACAACAAUGACGGUGAUGGUACGUUUACUGUUGGAAGAAAACUCGAAGAAGAAAUGGUUGUUAACGUAUCUUCACCAAUUGGAAAUCACGGCAGUUAUUUUUCCAGUUCAAGUGAUUUAAAUAAAUCAAGUGAAGGCAAUGUCCUGGCAUAUCGUCGCAACGGCUUUUCAUCUGCUGAGGAUAAGUUAGGAUUUCCAUCCAUGAUCUACACCACAUUUCCUCAUUCAGCGCCUGGGGCAGUUACAUUAACACAGUCCUUUGAUAAUAGACUUUCUACUACAACAUCACCAAAAACAACAUUGAUUACACCAAUCAACGGUGAAAUGUCUCCCACAGACGAAACGUUUGACCAUCAAGCAAAAUCCGACAACCAACCACAUGCAAAUGACAGCACAAUGAUGGAAGCUGCUAGUUUAAAUGAUCAACGGUCAAGUGAUGACCCGCUUGAAAAUGGCAGUUCUCAUCAAGGUUCUGUACCAACUACCCCUAACAGCACAUCAUCCGUCACAUUAACAGGUAAUUAAUUCAUUUAUUUAUUAUUGGAUGACACCAUAGAGCAUAAUACCCUUCUUUUCGUGGUGGUCGAAAAUUUACAUAAAAAAUUAGAAGUGAAAACAAUAAGGAAUUUGAGAGCCUAUGUAUAUAUUUACAAAUCAGGUAAAAUAUUGACAUUCAGAAUUUUGAAUUUUGAAAUGUCGAAGAAACUAUUCCUCUAAAUUUGAUUUUUACCAUACAUUCACCACCUCGUUCCAGGUUGUGUGGUCUUAUAAGUACAUUUGCCGAAUUGUGUUGAAAUAUGGUUGAAAAGGGCGUAAAAAUAUCAAGAACGACGCAUUGUUGAAAGCAUGCGUAUGCAUGUACUUAACCUUGUUAUUCUUAUAGACUUCGUUUUGCCAUGGUGUUUAUUGUGUGAUGUACUUCUAUAUACAUUGCUUUAUUGUCCGUAAUAAUAUGUUCUUAGAAUAUAAAUUUGAAAUUAUUUAGUAAAUUUAUUUGAAAGAUGAACUAACCAAAUCCAAGGGAAAAGGGACCUGGAACGAGGUUGUGAAGCUAUCUUGGGAAAGGUCUAUUAAAGCAAUUAUCUCCUCCUCAUUGCUAUUUCGGUUGCAGAGGUGUAGUAAUGUUAUAUGUGAAUGAAAAUACAUUGGUCACUGUUGAUUUGUAUUUUUAUCAGAUACAUCAAAGACCAGCCCAAGUAGCACUGGAGUUGUUAAAGCCGCUGCAACCAACGUCAUAUUUACGCACGUUAAUGGAAGUAGCUCGAACUAUACCCCACGAUAUUCAAACCGAUGUAACUCACAAGGUGGAAAUCUCCCGGUCGUAACCUCCAGCAAUGUAAGUAGUAAAAACUCUACUUCACUUCCUCGGAUCUUGAAUUUUUACCUUAUUCAAAUAUUGCUGAGCAAUUGACUUCGCAUUACGCCAUUGUGUGUAGAGUUUUUAAGUGAAAAUAUAUACGUAAUAGCACCAUAUACUAGUGAGAAAAUAGCUUUAAAUGGAACAGGUGAAAGUUUGAAAAUGUUCCUUCAUUUUGUUGGAAAUCAUCCUCAAGAUCAGUAUACAUGGGCGUACCGGAAGGAAAAAAUUAGGGGGGCGGAAAGAAAAUUGCCCGACUUUUCGGGAUUCUGCCCGACUAGUACCAAAAAUUUUUUUCCGGAAAAAUGAUUUUGGCCCCCGUCGCCAAAAAAAUUUCGGUCAGUGUACUAUUUUAGGGGUCAAAAAAAAUUUCCGGACAACCAAUUUUUUUCCGAACAUAACACAAAUUUUCCAAAAAUCACUAAAUUUGUCAAAAAAUUGAGUUCAUUUUAGACAAAAUUGACAGAAUUUGUCCCAUUUUUUUUUAUUUCAGACCAAAAUUGCCCGACUGUUGAUCGAAUAUUGCCCGACUGCCCAAAAAACUGGGGGGGCUACCGCCCCCCCCCGCCCCCCGCCCGGUACGCCUAUGUCAGUAUAUCAACUUGAUUUCCAUUCGUUGAAUUUAUCGACGAGAUUAUGCAUGUUAUUAUUUUGUUUAGAUGAGACAGCAGCGUGAAAGAAUGACCUCAUCGGGUACGUUUAUAUACAGGGUGUCCCAAAAACAUGCCCCCGCUAAGUUGUGUGGUAUUGCAACGUCAGCUUUGAUAGAAUCUACAUAUUUUUAUACUAGAUAAAAUAAUAUCCUAUCAUUUUAAUCCAUUGAUAUUUGAAUUAUCAAAAUAAUAAACUAUUUGCCUUCUAGAUUCACUUAAGGUGGCGACACCAAUAUUUCAACUUUCAGAAAUAAGGUGAAAAGUAUUUCAGGCUUUUAAAAGGGGAUCUGUCUACUCUUAAAGACAGGGUUUGUGGGCCCUAACAUUAAAGAUUUCGUUUGAUAUAAAAAAUAUUUAAAAUAAGUCUGAAGCUUAGGCAGAAAAAUGAAAAUGCCCUUAAAUUUCUGGUUUGUGGACGAAAACCUGGAUAAAGAGUCGUAUGAAUAAGAGCAAAAUAAUAGUGUAAGACACAUGAACAGUAAUGAAUUUUUAAGAUACAACUUUCAAACGAUGAACUUGAUCGAAAGUAAUUAAUAUGAAUUCUUUAAUUUUAUAAAAAAAAUCCUAUUAUUUUAUCUAAUUUCCAUAUUUGGACAAGUUAGAAUGUUUGUUGGGAACGAACCCAACCGAAUGUCGUUUAUAUAUCAAAUAAUAAUCACCACGUCAUUACACUUUAUUUACUCUCAAAUUUAGUUUAUUCUAAGCAGUACAUCAUGACAAAUAUCUUGUACAUAUCAAAUAUCCAUGCAUCAUUCUGUCCUUGAUUCUGUCCGUAUUUCGACUAAUAUCGGUCGUAAACAAAGGUUUGCUACAUAGAAUUACAAAUAACGUUCAUUAACAACAAGUUCAAGUGUUUCAAAGUCAAAAUGAAAGAAAUACUUACAUCUUAUGGCGAUUUUAAAGCAGAUUACGUUUGUAUAUCUAUCACGAAUAUCAAUAGUUUUGAUAUUCGUGAUUAUCACCUUUAUUCGUCAGCCUCCAGGAAGCACAACUUAUGAAUUGGACGUUUCAAAACAUUGUUUUUCGUUUUCACUUCGGCGACUCUGACAAGACCAUCCUUUCCAGGAAACACUUUCGUCACUCUACCAAGUAGCCAAUGUCCUCGUUGAAGAUUCUCGUCUACUAGGAGUACAAGAUCACCAACUGCUAAAUUUCGUUGUGGUGUAAGCCAUUUUUGUCUUUGUUGUAAAGUUGGUAGAUACUCAUGUAACCACCGUUUCCAAAAAUGAUCGCUCAAAAUUUGUGAUUGUCUCCAACUCUUUCUGCUAUACAAAUCAGCAUCGUCAAAUUUUCCAGGAGGUAGAGUAAUCGCUGGUCUUUGAAGUAACAGAUGAUUCGGAGUUAACGGCUCCAUGUCCCGAGGAUCGCCCGAGUUCGGGCACAGAGGUCUGGAAUUGGCAAUCCCUUGGGCUUCUGAUAACACCGUUCUCAAGACUUCUUCUUUAACUAAUGUCUUUCCUAGGAUAGCCUUCAACGAUUGUUUAACACCACGAAUCAGUCUCUCCCACACUCCCGACAUAUGGGACGCUAAUGGCGGGUGGAAAAUCCAUUCUACUCCGGUUUGUCUUAAAUGCUCUUCAAUCUGAUUUUGAUUCCACCUUUCUAAAGCUUCACGUAACUCGCGCUCUGCGCCCACGAAAUUUGUACCGUUAUCUGAACGCAGUUGUUUAACGCCACCCCGAAUGUUUAAGAAUCUUCGUAACACCAUGAUGAAAUCAUCGGUUUCCAGGGACUGGGCUAGUUCUAGAUGUAUGGCUCUCGAGGCCAUACAUACAAAUAUACAUCCAUAACGCUUGGCAGAACCCCGUCCGUGUUUUACCAUAAGUGGUCCGAAAAAGUCAAUGCCCGUGUUUGUAAAGGGAGGUUCGAAAGGAGUAAGGCGAACCUUAGGUAACUCUGCCAUUUCUUGGGUCAUCCGUACAGAGUAUCUUUUCCUACACGGAAUGCAUUUGCUGAUCACUCGUUUAAUAGUCGCUCUGCCCUUAACGAUCCAAAAUUCUUCUCGAAGUCGAGAUAACAACUGCUCUUGUCCGCAGUGUCCAAGUUGUUGGUGAUUAAAACGAAUUAUCAAGGUUGUAACAUGGUGAUUCUGCGGUAAAAUCAUCUGAUGUUUACUGUCAAACGUGCUUGGUGCUUCUGAUAUUCUACCAGAGACCCUUAGGAGUCCGUUCUCGCCUAGCAUGGGCUUAAGCUUCACAAUCGAACUCGAUUUCUUCACACGUUGACCGGUUUUAUCUUUUCUUUUAAGAUCUUGCAAUUCUUCCGGAAACGACUGGUGUUGAACAAGUGAAACAAUCGUUCGUUUAG